ACGAAUGGAUAACUGGAAAGUGGGAUUGAGAGCUUGCAGGUAAGCCGAAUGCUUGCUUACGUGGUGCUCGCUUAGGUCGGGAUAAAGAGAUAUGGCGCUGAUGCUUUACGCUUCUACUUCUUCCGCCUUCAAGAAUCUCUCGCAACAGGACAAUUGUGCUAAACAAGCGGACGUUGCGAGCCGGACGAAGAUGUGCCUUCAAAUGCUCCCAGAAGAGAAGACUUGUGUAAGGCAUCGCCGGGAAUUUAUAGCCGGAUUUUUUGUGCCUAUGCUACUGGGAGUUGGAGCUGCUGACGCAGAAUUUGCAGAUAUGCCCGCUCUAAGAGGAAAGGACUACGGGAAGACGAAGAUGCGCUAUCCGGAUUUCAAAGAAACUUCAUCCGGUCUGCAGUUUAAGGAUCUAAAGAUGGGAACAGGUCCCAUUCCAAAGCCUGGUGAAACUGUAGUGGUGGACUGGGCUGGCUACACGAUUGGUUACUACGGUCGCAUUUUCGAAGCACGGAACAAAGCCAAGGGAGGAUCUUUUGAGGGAAACGAGAAAGAGCUCUUUCGAUUCAAAGUCGGAAGGAGCGAGGUAAUCCCCGCGUUUGAAGAGGCUGUAGCAUCCAUGUCCGUGGGUGGAGUGAGAAGGAUAAUCGUCCCACCGGAGCUGGGGUAUCCCGAGAACGAUUACAACAAGAAGGAACCCAAGCCAACCACAUUCUCUGGACAAAGGGCGCUGGAUUUCGUGCUCAAGAACCAGGGACUCAUAGACAAGACACUUUUGUUUGAUAUCGAGCUCUUAAAAUUCGUUCCUUCUUAGUA